AUGAUUGGUUUGCCUCCUCACACAACUCACCGCCUGCAGCCAUUGGAUGUGGGAUUUUUUGGUCCUCUUAAAGCAUUCUAUAACCAGGCCUGCGACAAUUUUUUGGUGAAUAAUCCCGGUAAAACUAUUACAGAUAAAGAGGUAGGACAUCUGUUUGGAAAAGCCUAUUUGAAAGCAGCAACUAUAGGAACUGCAGUUAAAAGCUUCGCUAAAUGUGGAAUCGAACCCUUUGGUCCGGACGUUUUUAGCGACGCAGAUUUUGCACCAGCUUCAGUGAGCGAGCGCAGACAUGUCACCGCAGAAGUGUCUAGUGAUGAUGACAAUGAUGAACCUCUCAUCAACAUAAAAAAUAAACUAAAGAAUAAAGCUGAAAUGUCUUUAGAUUCAGCUAGUUCAUCCGAUUUGCAAAAAUCUCCUAGUGUUAUUGGACUUCAAAUUGAUGAUGAUGAUGAAGGGAAUAAGAAGGAGAACGUGGUUCAGGAAGAUUUGGCUGUUGCAAGUCCAUCAGGUCUUCAAAACUUGAAACCCAAUCAGCAAAUUAAAUUUGUUGAGAUUAGACCUUUGCCUAAAAUAAAUCGACCGGUUCUGAAAACGAACAGAAAGAAGCAAAAGGCGUCGAUAUUGACUUCAACUCCCAAUAAAGAAGACCUCGAAGAGAAAGAACGAGAAAAAAAUUAUAAAAUUACCAAAAAGAAUACCUUGAAAAGAAUACGUGAAGAAAAAGCGAAAAGAAACGUUUUCAAAAAGACUGAAAGAAAAUCUAUCAAAGAGGCCCUAAAAAAUCUGAAGAGAGAAAUGACUUUUUUUGUCCCAGCUGCGAGGAACCAUACACUGAUCCUCCAGUUGAAGAUUGAAUAA